UCUUCUCUCCGUCUGACGUGAUAAGUGUAAGAAGUUUUCCUCGAGUAAACAUGGCUUCUGCUUCACGACGAAUUGUUUGUAGUUUCCGACAACAUAAGUUGUUCUACCUGAAAUCACGAUUGCAAUACAAUGCCGUCCCAUUGCCUAUUUCUCGUUUCGGACCCUGCGGUCACGUCGAACAAUUUCAUCCAAUAACUACUAGAUUUUUUCAUUCUUCGAAACCUUUUUAUGGAGAGAAAGUACCAUUCAAACUUUCAGAUAUUGGAGAGGGAAUCACGGAAGUUACGGUUAAAGAAUGGUAUGUCAAGGAAGGUGAUAAAGUGGCUCAGUUUGACCCCAUCUGUGAGGUUCAGAGUGACAAAGCAUCAGUUACCAUUACCAGUCGCUAUGAUGGAAUCAUAAGCAAGUUGCAUUAUGCUACAGAUGAUAUGGCCAAAGUGGGUACACCAUUGGUAGAUAUAGAAGUCAGUGGUUCAGUUACAGAAGAGCCUGUUGAAGAGUUGCAAGAAAAAGAUGCCAUACCCCUCGGUGAAAGAGAAGACGAGAGUUUGGAUACUCUAGAACUUCCAGCAGAAAAGGUAUUGACAACACCAGCUGUUAGAAAAAUGGCCAGUGAUCAUAAGAUAAAUCUACGAGAUGUACAAGGAAGUGGGAGAGACGGACGUAUCUUGAAGGAAGAUAUGCUUCGGCACAUUGAAACUCUUCGUAGCUCUAAGAGCGCCCCAAAAGCUAAACAACAGGCGCCUCAGGAACAACCUAAACCUGUUGCAGCUACCUCUCAACAGCCAUCGCCUUCAACAAAAAGCCCACAGCAAGUGAGACCAGCCUGUCCGGUUGGAGUGGACCGCACUGAAUCGAUUAAAGGAUUUAAGAAGGCUAUGGCAAAGUCCAUGACUAAUGCACUGCGAAUUCCUCAUUUUGGUUAUUGUGAUGAAAUUGACAUGACAUCAAUGGCUACGCUGAGACAUUCUCUGAAAGAGAAUCCAAUGGUUAAAGAGCGAGGCAUUAAGUUGUCUUUCAUGCCAUUCUUCAUUAAAGCUGCAUCCAUGGCUCUGCAACAGUUCCCAGUUCUUAAUGCUUCGGUUGACGAAGCCUGCGAAAAUAUUACUUACAAAGCCUCUCAUAAUAUUGGAUUUGCCAUGGAUACGAGUCUCGGUUUAAUUGUGCCAAAUGUUAAAAAUGUCCAAUCAUUGUCUGUGAUGGAUGUUGCUAUCGAACUAGCCAGGCUGCAGGAGCUAGGCAAUAAAGGAGUUUUGGGCACUGCAGAUUUAACCGGUGGAACUUUCACCUUAUCCAACAUUGGAUCGAUAGGAGGAACUUAUGCCAAACCCGUCAUUAUGCCGCCGGAGGUUGCUAUUGGAGCAAUAGGACGUGUCCAGGUACUCCCUCGUUUCAACAACAAAGGUGAGGUAGUGAGAGCAUCCAUCAUGCAAGUUAGUUGGUCUGCUGACCAUCGAGUGAUUGAUGGCGCCUCAAUGGCGCGAUUUUCCAAUUUGUGGAAGGCUUAUCUAGAAAAUCCCAGCAUUAUGAUCUUAGACUUGAAAUGAAUAUUCAAAUACUAAUGAAGUACUCUACAAUCCGUCUCCUCCUGGCGGAAGGGUUCGUUUCUAAAUUUCAAAAAAAAGAGGAUCUAUAUUAGUGUAUAAUGGUCGCGAAGUGAAAUCUCAACAGCAUGGGACUCAGUCAUAUGGUCAGUAUGAUCAUCAGUGUAUGAAAAAAAGAAACUUGAUAUAAUAUACUGCCUAUCUGUUACUUCACUAAGAUAACAGAUUAGUCCUACACGUGAAA